AUGGGACCGGUAGUAUUUCAUUGUAAAUUAUAGUAAUUUGAGGUACUUAAUUUUUAUUAAAAAUCUUACAAAUGUAACAACACUUAUAAAGGUUCGGCACCUCACUAAAAUUUCAUAAGUUAAAAUUAAUUUAAAUAGAUAUAUUAUCUGUUUAUUAAUAGUAUACUAAAUCCUUUGCCUACUUUUUAUAAAUGUUUGUAGAUAUUCCUUAAUAUCACUUCACUUUAAGUCUUGUAGGAAAUUAUGGGUAAUAUUUAAUUAUAAAUUUAGUGUUUCUUUUUAUUCUUGGGCUUUUGAACUAUUUUAUAUCAUUUCUGGCUAUUUCCCAAUAUAGUGUGAAUUAUGUGAAUUACCAUUUUAAUGUAAAACUUGUAAAUCAUCCUAUUAUAAACACAGAGAUGGUCAAUGAUCACUUUGUUAACUACGUUAUUAAAAGUUAAAAGGUUCUUAUUGUCAAGACUUUGGUGAUGAAACACCAUGUAUUAUUUUUUUAUAUUUAGAUUCUAAAUAUAUGGUAUAAGAAUAUAAAGAUUUAACAAAAGACCCUAGUUUUUGUGAGUUUAUGAUUAUUUUACUGUAAUUUUUCUACUAUUCUAUAGUGUCACAGAAUGGAAUAAACUUUAUGAAAGGGUUAGAAAAGUAUAAUUAAGAGAAAAUACCUUAAUCUUAUAUUCCAUCUUUAACAGAUAGGUAAUCUUAUGUUGAAAGACAAUUCUUUGGGGUCCUAGAUAAAAAUACAGUCUUGUUUUUGAACUACUAGUCACUAAUACAGAGCAAAUUUAGUAAAGAUUGUAUAUUGAUAUUACAAUUAUUUGUAGAAGAAUAAUGUGUUCAAGAUUGCCGAAUUCAUAAAUUUGAAUAUAGUAAUCUACAAAUUGUCUUUAAGGUGAUUUCAAAUGUACAACUAAUAAAAGUUAGAGUUUUAAUUUUUAAGUUGAAGAAGAAAUUGGUUAAUAAUAUAGUUGUCGAAGCUGGAUAUUUUGAUGAUGAUAGAAAAGAUGAAUUUUUAGGAACUAGCCAAAUGUUCCUACUACUGCAUAUGCGAAGUUUACAGGAUCAAAGUUCAGCAAUCUAUGUAGUAUGA